GCGGACCCGGGAUCCCGAGGCGGCUGCGGAGUGCGGGACCCCGAGGACGCGGCCAUGCCCGGCCGGGCCGAGACGGGGGAGGCUGAGGAGGAGGCCGGGACUGGCUCAGGGUCCGAGGCGGAGGAGGACGCGCUAUGGGAGAAGAUCGAGGGCGUCCGGCACCGGCUGACGCGCGCCCUGAAUCCAGCCAAGCUCACGCCGUAUCUGCGCCAGUGCCGGGUCAUCGACGAGCAGGACGAGGAGGAGGUGCUGAGCACCUAUCGCUUCCCGUGCCGUGUCAACCGCACCGGACGCCUGAUGGACAUCUUGCGCUGCCGCGGCAAGAGAGGCUAUGAGGCCUUCCUAGAAGCCCUGGAAUUUUACUACCCUGAAUACUACACGCUGCUCACGGGCCAGGAGCCUUCCCAGCGCUGCUCUAUGAUCCUCGAUGAGGAGGGGCCUGAGGGCCUGACCCAGUUCCUGAUGACAGAAGUACGGCGGUUGCGGGAAGCUCGAAAGAGCCAGCUGCAGCGGGAGCAGCAACUGCAGGCCCGGGGCCGGGUGCUAGAGGAGGAGCGGGCAGGGCUGGAGCAGCGGUUGCGGGACCAGCAGCAGGCACAGGAACGCUGCCAGCGGCUGAGGGAGGACUGGGAAGCAGGCAGCCUGGAGCUGCUGCGGCUCAAGGAUGAGAACUACAUGAUCGCCAUGCGCCUGGCACAGCUUAGCGAGGAAAAGAACUCGGCUGUGCUGCGCAGCCGUGACCUGCAGCUGGCGGUGGAUCAGCUCAAGCUCAAGGUGAGUCGGCUGGAGGAGGAGUGCACACUACUGCGAAGGGCCAGGGGGCCACUUCCUGGGGCUGAGGAAAAGGAGAAGGAGGCAGACGGUGUAGACCUUGUUUCAGAGCUGCGCGCUGAGAACCAGAGGCUGACUGCGUCGCUGCAGGAGCUGCAGGAGGGGCUGCAGCAGGAGGUGAGCCGGCCGGGGGCCCCGGGCUCAGAACGCAUCCUCCUGGACAUUCUGGAGCAUGACUGGCGGGAGGCGCAGGACAGCAGGCAGGAGCUGUGCCAGAAGCUGCAUGCCGUGCAGGGGGAGCUGCAGUGGGCCGAGGAGCUGCGUGACAAGUACCUGCAGGAGAUGGAAGACCUGAGGCUGAAGCACCGAACACUGCAGAAGGACUGUGACCUGUACAAGCACCGCAUGGCCACUGUCCUGGCCCAGCUGGAGGAGAUUGAGAAGGAGCGGGACCAGGCCAUACAGAGCCGGGACCGGAUCCAGCUGCAGUACUCACAGAGCCUCAUUGAGAAGGACCAGUACCGCAAGCAGGUGCGGGGCCUGGAGGCCGAGCGAGACGAGCUACUGACCACACUCACCAGCCUGGAGGGUGCCAAGGCUCUGCUGGAGGUGCAGCUGCAGCGGGCCCAGGGCAGCACUUGCCUCAAGGCCUGCGCCUCCUCUCAUUCCCUGUGCUCCAACCUCAGCAGCACCUGGAGCCUGAGCGAGUUCCCCUCUCCGGUGGGAGGCCCAGAAGCAGCUGGGGAGGCUGCUGUCCUGGGGGGAUCUGAGCCCCAUACCUCGGAGGAGGCCACAGACAGUGAGAAGGAGAUCAACAGGCUCUCCAUCCUGCCCUUCCCCCCGAGCGCUGGUUCCAUCCUCCGCCGACAGCGGGAGGAGGACCCUGCUCCCCCUAAGAGAUCCUUCAGCAGCAUGUCGGACAUCACAGGGAGUGUGACACUUAAGCCCUGGUCCCCUGGCCUCUCCUCAGCCUCGUCCUCUGAUAGUGUGUGGCCUUUGGGAAAGCCAGAAGGCCUCCUGGCCCGGGGCUGCGGCCUGGACUUCGUCAACAGGUCUUUGGCCAUCCGUGUGUCUGGCCGGAGCCAUCCAGGGGGUCCAGAGCCCCAGGACAAGGGCCCUGAUAGCCUAUCGCCCCUUGGGGACAGAUGGUCUGGGGCAGUGCGGAGGGUUCUGUCUGGGCCUGGGUCUGCCAGGACUGAACCAAGAGAGUCAAGGGCAGAAACUGCAGGGCUGGAGGGCCUGGAAGCCCAGGCCCAGCAGAGAACCUUGUCCUGGAACCAGGGGUCCACAUUCCCCUUCCUGAUGGACUCAAAGGCCUGCCAGUCCUUCCACGAGGCCUUAGAAGCCUGGACGAAGGGGCUGUGUACUGAGCCCUUCUACAUUCGAGCCAACCUCACCCUGCCUGAGCGGGCAGAUCCCCACGCCCUUUGUGUGAAAUCCCAAGAGAUCCUUCGGUUGGUGGACCCAGCGUACAAACGGCGGCAGGAAUGGUUCUGCACCCGGGUUGACCCCCUCACACUGCGGGACCUGGACCGGGGCACUGUGCCCAAUUACCAGAGAGCUCAGGAGUUCCUAGAAGUUCAGGAAAAAUGCCUGUCCUCCAGCCGGCACCGAGGCCCCCGCAGUAAUCUAAAGAAGAGAGCCCUGGACCAGCUGCGGCUGGUGAAGACCAAGCCCAUCGUGGGUGCUGCAGGGGACUCCCCUGAGCAGCCGCUGCUGGAGCCCUGCUCAGACCCCGAGUGUAGCCUCAAGCCAUACAGCCUGGUGAGGCCACUGCUGGUGUCCGCCCUGCGGCCCGUGGUGCUGCUGCCUGAGUGCCUGGCGCCCCGGCUCAUCCGCAACCUCCUGGACCUGCCUAGCUCCCGGGUGGACUUCCAGGUGUGCCCAGCAGAAAGCCUCUCUGGGGAGGAAGUGUGUACACCCUCAGCACCUGGAGCCCCCAAGGCCCAGCCUGUCACCCCUGGGUUGGGCGGCAGGAUCCGGGCCAUCCAGGAGUCUGUUGGGAAGAAGCACUGCCUGUUGGAGCUGGGCGCGCGGGGUGUGCGGGAGCUGGUGCAGAAUGAGAUCUACCCCAUUGUCAUCCACGUGGAGGUGACUGAGAAGAAUGUCCGAGAAGUCAGGGGUCUGCUGGGCCGGCUGGGCUGGCGGGACUCAGAGCUGCUACGGCAAUGCCGAGGCUCAGAGCAGGCACUCUGGGGGCUGCCCUGCUCCUGGGUGCAGGUCCCCGCUCACGAAUGGGGCCAUGCAGAGGAGCUGGCCAAGGUGGUACGCUGCCGCAUCCUGCAGGAGCAGACCCGCCUUGUGUGGGUAGACCGCAAUGUGGAGCACAGUGGCAGCAGGGGCUGCGGUGGCAGCAGCGAGGCCUGAGGCCAAUCUGAUGCCUGCACUUCCUCCCUAACUUUAUAAGCCAGUGUGGAGCUGGCCCGCCCACCCUGAGCCUUCCAGACCCUUGGACUUCUGGACAGAUGUGGGACCCAUCCCUAGCCCUGCUGAGCCUGCAGGAGCCAGCAGGGCAGGGCUCCCACCCCCCUGUACUUGCUGCUCUGGGACUUCCUGCCCGGCCCCAUGUCUCCGUGUUCCCACUCGUGGGGCUCACCUAUGUGUCUGUGUUCUCGCCUUAAACACUCGCCCUGUGCUCUCACACCUGUGCAAAGAUUUACCCAACCAAGUUCUCAGGGGCAGGCUCAGGUCUGUCCUCCUGUCUGGGCGUAAUGGGUCUCCUGAGGUCCUCAGCUUGUUCUGCUCCCAGGAGCACCAAGCCUGUUACCAUGUGACGUCUACUGUCCAGCUCACAUUUCAUAUGUGGAGGCCCCAUGUGACCACUGUGGCUUCCCUGGUCCGUGAUCACCUCGUUUCUCCUCUCACCUGUGUCAGUGGUUCUCUUCCUGUGUAAAUAAAUGUCAUGUUCCACCCCUGUGACACAUGGGCACUAACUCCCAGGACUGUGGCUCAUGGGAGCUCCCUCUUAGGGGUGAGGGAGGAGCCGGCUGCUCUGUCACAAGAAUGUAUGGCUCGUGGAUUCCUAAUGGGCCCUUUCACUGAGAAGCUGCACACUAUGGAACAUUA